AUGGCCUGGGUUGUCCCUGCUUCUUCCACAGUCAUCUCACGAGAACUUGAUGCUACAGACUAUGGGAACGACGUCUCUGGUGCUAUCAAGGAUGCCAAAGGAAAGGUAUACAUUUGCGGCAGCCUCUAUCUUAUCGGUCAAGUCCAUCGACUCUUGCAGGUGGCGCAAUUGGAAGACACCGCCCGGAAGAAUGUGCCUCGUGGGCCAUACAACCCUGCACUGAUUGAAGCAUGGGCAAACAAAUAUUUGUCUAAAGAGAAUACCCGUCGAUUGACUGAUUCAUCGAUUGCAAAGAGGUUCAUUCUUCCUCCACCCAAUGUCACUGGCACGCUUCAUAUCGGUCACGCUCUGACUGUCGCAAUUCAGGAUGCGUAUGUGCGCUUUUUCAAAUUUCAAGGCGAACAAGUCACAUGGGCGCCGGGUAUGGACCAUGCUGGCAUCGCGACUCAAACUGUCGUAGCCAAGAUGCUGGCGAAACAGGGCGUCGAUAUCAGACGGCUUGGAGCUGACCUCGAUUGGGACCUAGAAUACUUUACGCUGGAUGAAGAACGAUCUGAGGCCGUGAUUGAAGCUUUUGGAAAGCUUUGGCAAGAUGGCUUGGUCCGUCGAGACGUCCGAAUGGUCAAUUGGUCGGAUCGCCUGCAAAGCGUCAUCAGCGAUAUUGAAGUCGAUAGUCUGGUUGUCGAUACACCAAAGAUAAUCCAAGGUGCUGAAUUUGGUAAGAUUUGGACGAUUGCAUACCAAAUGGUCGAUCGGUCUGGCAAAAUCUGUGUUCAGACAACUCGUCCGGAAACGGUGCCUGGUGACCGGGCUAUUGCUGUCCACCCAGACGAUGAGCGCUAUAAAGAUCUCAUUGGCAAAUGCGUACAGCAUCCUCUUCUAUCAUCUGUUUCCUUACCCAUUGUCGCCGAUGCAAUGGUAGAUCCCUUAUUCGGCACUGGAGCCGUUAAACUGACGCCUGCUCACGAUGCAAACGACUAUGCAGCUUCACGACGUCAUGCUAUCGAGCUCGUUACCAUUUUCGAUAAGCAUGGCAAGUUUCUUCCAAGCUGUGGGCUACCAGACCUGGUGGGCCAUGAUCGCCUAGAGUCACGCUCGAAAGUCGUUGAGAAACUGGCCGCUGCAGGAGCACUCAUUACUGUGCAGCAACAUUCACUGCGCUUAGGCGUCUGUAGCCGCACAGGCGCAGUGAUAGAGCCGUGUUUGAUGCCACAAUGGUUUAUCCAUAUGCAACCACUCGCAGAUAAGGUUUUGCAACAAGACACAAUCCAGAUGUCAAUCCAGACAAAGAGGGAAUGGCUUCGUUGGCUUGAAAACGUCCAAGAUUGGUGCGUCAGUCGUCAACUCGUUUGGGGCCAUCGGGUUCCACUGUACCGCAUCGUGAAUACAGAUGGAUGGUUUUUUGCUCGCUCUUUCGCAGAUGCACAGAAAGCUGCGAACGGGAAGCCCAUUGUACAGGAGAGUGAUGUGCUUGACACAUGGUUCAGUUCUGGUAUUUUGCCAUUAUCAGCCUAUGGCUGGCCUCGUGACGAUACAUCGCCAUGGCGACCCUUGAGCUUCAUCGAAAGUGGACCCGAUAUCCUUUUCUUUUGGCUUGCGCGAAUGGCUAUGCUCUGUACACACUUCACCGGGUUUGCGCCUUUCAAGGAGAUUCUGCUUCAUCCCCUCGUACGAGAUUCUCAGGGGAGAAAAAUGUCCAAGUCGCUCGGUAAUGUCCUAGAUCCUUUGCACAUCAUUGAUGGAUGUUCGUUAGAGGAAUUACAGGCUGCUUUGGCGGUUGGUAAUCUCUCUGCAGGCGAAGUGUCACGUGCAAGCCAAGAUCUUGCCAGGAGCUAUCCGCAAGGGAUUCAGGCUGAUGGCGCUGAUGCGCUCCGUUUUGCGCUUGUUGAUUCUACUGUACAAGAUUCGACGCUGAAUCUGGACAUUCGCAGCGUCAAGGCUGCCAGAUAUGUGGGCGGGAAGCUUUGGAAUGUACUCAAUUUCAUUGAGUUUCACCAGCAAACGCAGGCCUCUAGCUGUGUUGAGCCUCAAAAUCGCUCUCAGAUCAUGGAUCAUUGGAUUCUGCAGCGCCUUCUCAACCUUCAAGAGGAUGUUCACGAGUCUUUCGCAAAACGGACAUUGCACCGAGCGACCAGUAGCUUACGGUUCUUCAUUGUCAAUGACCUGUGUGAUACAUACUUGGAGUUUCUCAAGUAUGAUCUCAAAGGUCUGACAUCACAUGAGGAACGCUGCAAAGUUUUGGCGACCCUACGGCAAAUCAUGGUUGAGUUGAGCUUACUGAUCAAGCCAUUUAUGCCUUUCCUAGCCGAUUCAGUCACGUAUAGGCUG